UUAACUUCAUUUUGAAAAGCAAUACUUACGCAGAAACAAUGGCCAAACCAACAACUAUCAAAGAAGCUUUAACCAAAUGGGAAGAACGUACCCAACAAGAUGCGACCAAGGCCACUGAAAUUGGUUUACAACUACAAUUUCCGCCCAUAGAAAAAAUGGACAGUACAUUGGGAACAUUGACAGAAUGUAGAAAAUUAAGUUUGUCCACAAAUAUGAUAGAGAAAAUUACAGGAAUAGGAAGUCUGAAAAAUUUAAGAAUACUAUCAUUGGCCCGCAAUAACAUAAAAGCGCUUAAUGGCAUAGAACCUUUAGGUGAUACCUUGGAAGAAUUAUGGGUUAGUUACAAUGUAAUAGAAAAACUUAAGCCACUUGAGGUCAUGAAAGCUUUAAAGGUGUUUUAUGUGUCUAACAAUUCUAUUAAGGAUUGGUCUGAAUUCAAUAGAAUGGGUGUGCCACCAAAACUGGAAGAAAUAACAUUUAUGGGUAAUAUUUUGCAUGAAAAUAUGGAUGAAAGUGCUUUUCGCUCGGAAGCUAUAAGACGCUUGCCAAAUUUAAAGAAAUUAGAUGGCGAGCCGGUUAUAAGAGGAGAUUAAUUUUACUUUGUAUUAACGUUUUAUUUUAUUUUUUAAAUAAAAUUUAUUAUUU